UUGAAAUAUAACUGUUUCCUCUAAAGGAACGAAACACUUUAUUUUCAACAGGAAUUUCAUUCGGAAAGCUAAGCAAUAUGAAAUGCCCAAUGCAUUCUACAAGAUUUCUUGCUCGCCUUGUACUUGCUGCUGUAACAAUAUCGGGUGAUAUUUCUAACGAAGAAGAAAGCACUGAUUCAUAUUAUUACAGCUACCAAGAUAUUGAUAAUCCGGCACUGGAUGCAUUCACACCGAGGAAAGACGUAACGCCUCCAACGUUGAACCUGAGUGGUGUGAGUUUGGAAAGUGGAGAGUAUGGUGAUCUCUGCUUUGUGGAUGGUCUUAGAACACCUUACGGUGCGAUUCCUGUUAACUGUACGGAAUCCUGCCUGAGCGCGGACGACGGCUCAUCAGAGAGAAUACAACCAUUGCCGAAUGACACACUGUGCAUCGUAAUGUCAAAAGAAGAUUUCAAAACUAUGGAGGAGUACAACAAUGUAUCCUGCCUCCUUGGCGCUUGUAAAGAUGGAAAUUGUGUAGGCGACACGAAUUGUACGUGGUGUUAUAAGACUGGUGUCACAAACAUGGGGAUGAUGGACUGAUUUUCCUUAGUAAAUAACAUUUGAACACAAAAAUGUUUCAUGCCGGUGUCCGCCAAGACUUAAGUCACGUAUGUUCAUUGCAGAAGAUACAUUAAAAAAAAUACGCGCCAUAAUGUACUGCGUCUGUCACAAUAAAGUUCCGUGUCUAUCAGACGACAAAGAAAAAAGUG